AUGGCUAUUGAAUUUCGUACUUCCGUAGAUGAGCUUGAAUCCGAGUUGAUUUCUUUAAUUGAAAAGGGCUUGCUCAAAGCAAAGAUCGAUUCGUACAAGAAAGUUCUUUACGCAAAAUUUUCUGACAAUCGAACAGAAAUAUAUGAACGGGUUUUAAAUUUGCGGAAACGAAUCAGCCAACAUGCCAAUGCUGUUUUACUUCGAGCUGCCUUACUUAAUCAUCGGAUUCAUGAACAGAAAUAA